CUGAGUUUACGCUUUAUCAACGACAGCGAACUUUUUAGACGCUCCCUUGGCCACAGGUCGCGGCCAAAAACUGUGGCGUCACUUGCGACCAGCUCCCUGGACCAAAAGGAGAAGCGCGCAGGCCCAGGCGAGGCGGCUGCUGGCAGAGGCCGAACCCGAGGGGUGGGGGCGACGCGGAGGGAGUGGAGGCCGGCUGUCAGCUCCGCUCCUGCUUGGCUGUCAUGUCUCGGCAGGCGAAGGAUGACUUCCUGCGGCACUACACAGUCUCUGACCCCAGGACCCAUCCCAAGGGCUACACCGAGUACAAAGUAACCGCUCAGUUCGUCUCAAAGAAAGACCCAGAGGACGUCAAAGAGGUGGUGGUGUGGAAGCGGUACAGCGACUUCCGCAAGCUGCAUGGAGACCUGGCCUACACCCACCGCAACCUCUUCCGCCGCCUGGAGGAGUUCCCGCCUUUCCCACGCGCCCAGGUGUUCGGCCGGUUUGAAGCCUCUGUCAUCGAGGAGCGGCGGAAGGGUGCCGAGGACUUGCUUCGCUUCACCGUGCAUAUUCCUGCGCUCAACAACAGCCCCCAACUCAAAGAGUUCUUCCGGGGUGGGGAGGUGACUCGGCCCUUGGAGCUAUCAAGGGAUUUGCACAUCCUGCCACCCCCUCUGGUCCCCACACCACCCUCAGAUGAACCCCGGCUGCCCCAGCCACUCCCUAUGGAAAGGAGGGGUCUGGAAGAGUUGGAGGUUCCAGCGGAUCCCCCACCAUCCAGUCCCGCCCAGGAGGCACUGGAUCUUCUCUUCAGCUGUGGCAGUGAGGAAGAGGCAUCCAGCUCCCCUGCCCGAGGCCCCCUCUCUGAGGCCGAGCUCGCCCUCUUCGACCCCUUUUCCAAGGAAGAAGGUGCGGGUCCCAGCCCCACCCAUGUAGGUGAGCUGGCAGCCAUGCAGGUAGAGUCCAAAAGGCUAGACCAGGAACCCUGGGAGCCAGGAGGGCAGGAGGAGGAAGAGGACGAGGACGAAGGGCCCACCCCUGCUUAUCUGAGCCAAGCCACAGAGCUCAUCACCCAGGCCCUGCAGGAUGAGAAGGCAGGCGCCUACCCUGCGGCACUCCAGGGCUACCGAGAUGGCGUUCAUGUCCUGCUCCAGGGAGUACCCGGUGACCCGUCGCCCGCCCGGCGGGAAGGUGUGAAGAGGAAGGCUGCUGAGUACUUGAAACGGGCAGAGGAGAUCCUGCAAGGGCACCUGACCCAGAUACCGCCCUGAGGGAGUGGGCCCUUCUUGGGAUACCAGCUCCCACACUGCCAGCCUCCCUCUCCUUUCCCCAGAGUCUGGCCCUGUCUCCUGGUCUUGUAGCCUCAGGGGCCAUAUCUGUAUGAAACUGGACCAAGGAUGAAGAAAAUAAUGACUUUUCACUCCCUGCCUGCCUCCUGUGAAUCAGACUCACACUUGUGAUCCUGCCUGUCUGAUCUUAAUCUGUCAGCAGAUCUGGUCACUAAACUAUCAGUUUACCCAUCUGGAACCAGGGUCUGUUAACUGCAGAUUGCAGCCAGAUCAGGCCCAUAGCCUUUUUUCUUUUUUUUACAUUUUUUAAUGACUAGAAAGAAAAAUCAAAAGAACAAGAUUCUGUGACA